GUGUGUGUUCACUGGAGUGUGUGUGUGUGUAUAGUGCUGCAGUAACGAGUGAAGAGGGGGGAUGACUGCAGUUUCUCGGGCUGAUGGAAGAGCUGGAGCUGGAGACAUUUGCACGCCGCUGAAACGUUAACCCCUAAGUGCCUCGCUGGUGUAUGGCCCAGACGCUCAUUGAGGAUUAGGACCGAGCAGAUCACUGCAGUCAGGGUUUCUGUUGGUGUAGCCGUUAAGCAUGAAGUGGAAUUUGCUCAAGAAGAAGCCUGCGGCCAUGGUGGGCCCCGAGCCCACGGGUGCCAGUGCCCUGACCAUGGCCCCUGCUGUUUCCACACCUGCAGACAACUCCACCGAGCAUCAGGGUCCAGUCAGCAAGAAUGACGUCUUUGGUGACAUCAAAAACAAGUUCCUCAAUGAGAUGGACAAGCUUCCAUUGCCUCCCUGGGCCAUCAUCGCCAUUGCCAUCGUAGCCGUGGUCCUCAUUCUCACGUGCUGCUUCUGCAUCAUUAAAAAGACCUGCCUUAAGAAGAAAAAAGGCAAGAAGGGGAAGAAAGGCAAGGGAGACAUGGGAAUGAAGAACAUGAAGGGAGGAGAGAAACAGGAAGAAGAUGAUGAUGAAGAAGAUAUAGACAUGGGAAUAACUGAAGAGAAAGAGGAGGAACCGAAAGAGAAGGAGAAGCUUGGCAAACUGCAGUUCUCCCUAGACUACGACUUCUCUGACAACAAGUUGACAGUGGGCAUCCUGCAAGCUGCAGAUCUUCUCUCCAUGGACAGUGGCGGCACCUCAGACCCAUAUGUCAAAGUUUUCAUUCUCCCAGACAAGAAGAAGAAGUUUGACACCAAGGUGCACAAGAAAACCCUCAACCCCGUGUUCAACGAGACUUUCCACUUUAAGAUUCCAUUCACUGAAAUGGGAGGAAAGACUCUGGUCAUGUCUGUGUACGACUUCGACCGUUUCUCGAAGCAUGAUGUGAUCGGUGAGGUGAAGAUCCCCAUGAACACCCUGGACCUGGCACAACCUAUCGAGCAAUGGAGAGACCUGGAUAGCGCAGAGAAAGAAGAGCCUGAAAAGCUUGGAGAUAUCUGCAUCUCUCUGCGCUAUGUACCUACAGCUGGAAAACUCACCAUCUGUAUCCUUGAGGCUAAGAACCUGAAAAAGAUGGAUGUUGGAGGACUCUCAGAUCCCUACGUGAAGAUUCAUCUUCUACAGAACGGCAAGCGGCUGAAGAAGAAGAAGACGACUGUGAAGAAGAACACCCUGAACCCGUACUACAACGAGUCUUUCAGCUUUGAGAUCCCACAGGACCAGAUGCAGAAAAUACAAGCUGUGAUCACAGUGCUCGACUACGAUAAGAUCGGCAAGAACGACGCCAUCGGGAAGAUCUGGGUGGGCAGCAGAGCGCAGGGCACUGAGCUCCGGCACUGGUCCGACAUGCUGGCGAACCCACGCAGGCCCAUCGCUCAGUGGCAUCCACUCAAACCUGAGGAGGAGGUGGAUGCCACGUUAGCAGCCCUCACUGCCAAGAAGUAAUCCUGUUCUUCUUCCUUCCCUCCCUCUCUCCUUUAACUCCUUCCUCCCUUUCUUUCAUUUUUCAACAUGCACAACACGUCAUCUUACUCAAUCAGCACUGAAUUACAGCCAUGGGCCACCAGACUAGAGGUAUUAAACAAGACCAUUUGGUCUCAUCAACAGCUAAAAUGAGAUAGUGAAGAGAGAGACUCUUUCCACAGAUGUUCCUGAAGAGAGGCCGAGCUCAUAGGUUUGUAUAUCCUCCAGAAGAGAUGUAAGCUCACACUCACAAUCAAAUAUCCAACAGCAUUCCAAAGUUUUCCAUCGGGGACCAGGGAUAGAAAACACUGCCUCUUCCACUGCCUAAUUUAACACAUUCCUUCUAGAUUCUCUGGCCAUCUAGAUGAAAUCAGUUCUGUUACUUUUGUUGAGUCUGAAAGGACAGUGAAGAAUUGUUUAUCUUUGUGAAUUGGGGACUGGAGAGAUAGUUGGACUCGAUGCUCCUGCCCAGCCAGAAGGAAUCUUUCAGGUGUCGCUUACACUGCCUGCAAAACCACCUUUUCUUCCAUUCUUCAGUUCCAGCUGUCAGCUGGCUUCUUCCACUGCCCAACAUCCUAACAAACCCUGUCAAAAAGGAGACAAGCCUUGAAACAUCAUGAAAUAAGCAAUUCUUAGCUGCCAGGGACGUCUUCCUGUUAGCAUCGGUGUAUUUGUUUCUUUGCUUUGAUUUCUUGUAGUAAAUGUAUUCUGCCUGAGCACUUUAAAUGAAGGUGUGUUUUUGUUCCAGUCAAUGCUUCAUUUUGUACAUUUUUGAUGUAAAAGGAAUUCCUCUCAUUAAAGGAAUAGUUCAUCAAAAAAUGAAAAUUAAGUCAUCAUUUACUCACUUUUCUUUCUUACGGCAGUGGAACACAAAAGGAGAUGUUUCAAAGAAUGUUCACGCUGCUCUCUUCCAGACAAAGGAGGUGAAUAGUGACCCAGAGGCAGUGAAGCUUACAAAAAUAUGAAUAAUUGACUUAAAGUCUUCUGAUGAUCUGACACUGAAAUUCAGGUUAUUAUUCACAAAAUUUAUUAAAAUCUUGCUUGACAGACUUGGUCGCGAUUGACUUUUAUUGUGUGGAAAAGAGCAGCGUGAACAUUUUACAUUUUUCAAAAUGUCUCCUUUUGUAUGGAAGAAAGAAAGAAUGUCAUACGGGUUUCAAAAAACAUGAGUGAACUAUUCCUUUGAGAAAUUGCAUCACUUUUUGUUUUCGUGUUUUAUUCAUGGUUUAAACCAGACGUUCUUAUGGUUUCACGAGAAGAGCUGAUAGAAGGCACUGUUAUGUGUGUAUUUACUGCACAUCUUACCAAACCGCUGAACUUAUUUGCACUACUGGAACUGCGUUCUGUACACGUUGCUCUAUCAAUCUCAAUACUUGCUUUUGUGAUGCCGCAUUCUUGAUUCGAGUUGUCAGAGUUUGCAUUUGUUUAAAAAGGGAGCUUGUAUCAUUUGAAAGCUGUUUUAGGGCUUGCAGUAUGAGUCAUUGUGUGAGGAUGUGAAUCUCAGAAUAUCAUUAUGCUUAAGACCGACAGAACUAAAUCUUUGUGCAUUUUAUUAUCCUCAUAUUGCCUGUAGGAACUCUUUUGGCAAUGAUGGUAUCUUGUGAUAUUUGUUCAGUUAUUAAAUAGUUGGGAAAUUAAGCAAAUUUGCAAGCCUGAAUUGGAUCAAGACUUUUUUGGAGCAUCAUUUAUUGAGUGUAGACUUAUAAACCAGGCCAAAAACAUAAUGUAAAGAGCCAAGAGUGGAUUUGAGGGUAACCCAAUAAAAACCAAUUCAUUCUCAUAAGGAAACGUCACUUUAGCGGCUUUUUUCCUGCAUUACUAACAUCUCUGUGGUAAUGUAUUCAAACAACAUGCAACAUCACUCUACUGCCACAAUGAACAAUAAUUUAUCCAAUUGCUUUUAGAGGCUAAUUAUCUUAUAUUUUCUCCUUAUAUUUUCUCACGUAAAUAUAAUCAAACAAAUCAAAGCCAUUUUGUGUCAUUCAAAUCUAAAAAUAUCUGAAGAUUGCGGCAAAAUCUUCAUUUAAAAGUUGCUUCAGUGACGUCUCCCGUAUGAGAUUCUCCUGGAUAAAACAGAAGCAGCUUUUCUGUGUUCAGUUGCAAUAACUCUGAUGUUCGAUUGUGGAAUAAUAGGUAUUUCCAUCCACAUUCAUAGUGCAAUUUGACAUUUUCAUGUCUAAUGAAUGUGUGAUUAUUUAUCAUUUGUUUAUAUGACAUCAUGCUUUUAUUUUUCCACUAGUAUCGUAUCGAAACCACAUUUUAGGAAUCACUGUCUUUGUUUACUCUUAGGUUUAGUCUCUUACAUAAAUAUGUCCCUCAUUUUGAAGAACUUUAACAAAAAAAUCGCAACGAACACCCCCUCCCCUAACCCAUAGGCGUGUAUUUUGACCUCUAUAUGCAUAGUUCCUACUUUAUGAUACUGCAUGUUACAAUACAAAAAGAUGCGCAUGUUUCAGAGAUGAAGCAAAGAAUAAAAAGAAUAAAAAAUAUUGUGUACCUAAGUAGGCGUUCUUUGUCAUUUUAAUAACAUAACGGAGGGGGAUAAGAUACUGUGUAUAUUUUCUAAUCGAAUCAAAUAUGUAUUUAUUUUCUGUGAGUGGGUAUUGGAGAGAAUAUGAAGUAUACUAGACUAAUGUUCAUUUUCAGAUUCAAUCCAUGCCUGGACAUCAAGAGCAGAUACUGUGUUAAGUGCUUUGUGUGAAUUAAUAUAGAAUGAAAACGUAGCCGCAUGCUUGCCGUCUACUAAUAUUGCUAAGGAACAAAAUGUUUAUCUAUUCAUUUAUUUAUUUAUUUAUUCAAAAUGAUUAUUUUUCAGAGUAAUAUUUGUAUGUCUCUUUGUCAGAAUAUGUUUGUGGGAAGUCAAAACUUCCAGCGGGGGCUCCAAGUGAAUAUUCCCACCACCCCCAACCAAUCAUUAAGAUUGUUUUUUUUUUUUUUUUUUAAAUGACACUUUAGUAUCAUUUUUUCACUUGUCAGUGCCAAUGAGAGAAGUCACGUUUACUGCCAUUUUUUCGGACUUUAUGUCAUUCUUGCGUGAUUUUUUUCAGACCAACUGAUUUCUACCUUGGCAACAAAAUUGCCGGAGCACAAUGUUAUCAAUCAAGUUAUAGAAAUCUUGGAGUCCCCGUUGUUUUUUUAACUAGCUUUUAUUUAUGAAUCUUUUACAUAAGAGCAGCGUUUAACUAGCCAAUAAUCCAUAAGUUUGUGUGUGUGUGCGAGUGUGAAUAAGAUAAAGCCAUAAGACUUGAGCUAAAUCUUUGGAGCUCAGCUAUAUAGAUGAUCCUAAAACGUCUCCUCCUUUCAUAGGCCAAUGAAUCUCCUCGACAUUCCACAUAGUCUGUGAAGCUACGGGGCCACACUGUUUCCUAAAAUGUGCUAAAUUAAUCAUUAUUGGCAGUUUAACUUGAAUUAGUCAGUCUUUCUGUUAAUAAUGUGUCUUUUCAAUGGUUUCUUAUUGAUUGUAUGAUGAUUUCAAUGUAUACUGGGUUCUGUAAGCGCCUUUAUUUAACACAAAGUGUGCUAGGGAUGUCUGUAUGAACAUAUACAUGUGGUCAUAGUUGUUGCCAUUCCACUAUAUAUGUACACACAUGCAUUUUUGGGCAAAGGGCAAUUAAAAUGGUUGUAUAACUAUGAAAAGUUGUUUGUUUUUACCAUUUUAGUAAUAAUUCACUAUCCAAAAUGUGAUAUGGGAUACCUAAAAAGUAUAUAAUUUGCACAUUCGGACAAUAAAAUUGAACAGAAUUGUGCAGAAGUUAAGUAAUUUCAAUCAGAAUUGCUUGAGGUUUGAGUGUGAAUGUGUGUGAUCUUAAUAAUAAUGCAUAGACCCUUUAAUAAAUAAUAAUUCUUUGUUGUGAGUUACUCAAGCACUGCCAUUCUGCCUGUAUGGCAGCGUGCACAAUGAACAUUUGUUUGAAACAUUCCUGAUCGUAAACCACAGAGUUGUUACUUUCAAGCAAAGAUAUUUGGGAGCAGUUUAAAAAACGCCGAUGGAUUUCAUCUUUAAGUUGCUCUCCAUGUACAAAUCUGCUUACAAAACCAGCUUGCUUGUCUUUGUAACUCUCCGUGACUGUUUUAUUUCAUACAAAUCAAUGAGAGACUGCUCUAACGCCCAUAACAGAGAGGUUUUCAUAUUUUGUUGAAUGCUAGCCAAUGCCUUCAUAUCUGCUUUGGCGUAAUCACAUUGCAAAUCUGGGGAUAAAAGAAUCAAAGAAUCAAGUCUGUCACUGUCUCUUUAAUUUGAUUCUUCUCUUGCACUUUUCAUUCUGCUUAUCUAGAGUUGUAAAAUGCUCUUUUUUCUCUUUGUGGUGAUCUGUUCUUUUAGUCGGUGGGAGAUUGUGAGGGUUUGUCCCUCAGGCUGUUUGUACCUGUUUCGGUGUUCUCGUGUGCGUGUGUUCAUGUCUGUAUUGUCGUGCCUAGUGUGGAUCAAUCGCAUGCUUUAGCCCUUGAUGGGACACUUUGAGAAAACGUUGCUCACAGACUCUUCCCACAACCCCCUAGUGGACAGUACAUGAGCAUCAGCAAUCCUUGUAAAGACGUCAAGGGAACCAAAUAGCUCUACAGAUUUACCAUGUGUGUUACCAGCUCUGUACUGAAACAAGUGAGAAAAUAAAGGCCUUUUAAUUAUA